AUGGGUAAAAGAAUUGAAGAUACCUUGCCACCUUGGGAACUCACAGUGGUAUAUGGAAGUCCUAAUCUGUCCCUUAGAAGGAGAUUGUUUUCAGAUUUAUCUGCUGAUAAUUUUGCAGUACAACCAUGCUGGCUUAUAUGUGGGGAUUUCAACUCGGUAACAAGUAGGGAGGAAGUGAGCAACCCGCACUGCUUUUAUGCGUCUAGUGGACCUAGGAUAUUCAGGGAAGGUCUAAUGGACCCAGGAUACGAGGGAUCGAAGUUCACUUGGAUGCGGGGAGUGAAUACAUCUCGGUUUAAAGCGGCAAGACUAGACCGGGCAUUUGGCAACGAAGAUUGGAAGCUGAGAUUUCCAAAUACUAGGAUACAACAUCUCCCAAUUAUUAAUUCAGACCAUGCCCCCUUGCUGAUAACAAAUAACCCUGCUGCGAAUAUGGAAAGGGAAAGGAAAUUCAGAUUUAAUUUUAUGUGGACAACCCACCGGGAUUUCAUGAAAUGCGUUCAACAAACUUGGAAGACUGAGAAAAAUUUGGAAGAUAACAAGCAAGUAAUGGCAGAAUCGCUGUUGUCAUGGAAUAAAGAGGUGUUUGGAAAUGUUUUUCACAGAAAGAAACGGUUAAUCGCCAGAAUAAAUGGAGUCCAAAAGAGCCUAGCACAACACACUAGACAGGAUCUGAUAAGGCUAGACAGAGAAUUAAGAGUCCUAAUAUGCCAUACUAACCUGCUACAGAUUUUAUCCGUUCAGCGCUAG